AUGAGUGUCUGUACACAAUGCAUGCGCGCUUUGCGCCGACAAGCACGACUAGAACAACUUACCUUAUCACAGACCAGGCCAUCUCAGCUACGAUGUCUGUCCACAACUUCGGCCCGAUACCAGCAGCCGCAAGCCCAGAGCAAGCCUGAGUCCCAGGUGCAGCCAGGAACACCACCAUCCAUUCUUACCACAGCACCAACAAUAACCAGUAAUCUCGCAGCCGAUGCUCCUCCUCCAGCUCCGGCCGCGGGCUCUCCGAGCAAUGCCCCUGCCUCUGCCUCGAGCCAGGUUCCAGCACCUUCAACAGCUGAAAUGCAGAAACAGAUCUCUUCCCGUUUAGGCUCAUCUCGAGUAGGUGGAGGAAUCGGACACAAAAUAGCAACAUCUCUUAGAAGCGCAGCGAAAUCUACUACGGAGACAUAUAUCACAUACGGACUCACAGAAGCCAUGUUCAAAUCUUGUGCAGCACAAGCACCAUACACUAUCCCAGAGGAUCAGCGUAUGGGAGUCUACACAGGCAAAGGUCCGCCAAAGAAUGCAAGAGCUGAAGAUGUUGGUGUACCCGAAACAUCUGUACCUGGCAGCCAGGGAGCACAGAGUUGGUGGUUUACAAGAUUAGGAUUGGAGCCAACGUUCAGUGUAUGGAGUCAGGUCUGUUUUCUACACAUGUAUAUCUUGACGGUCAAGCUGCGAACUCUGCCGGACCAAAGAACCUACAUGGAGUAUCAGAGAUAUCUCCUCGAGCAUUUCAGCUCGGUGGCUGAAGACAAGAUGAUAUUGUUACACGGCAUGAACGCAAGAGGUGUGAGGAACAAGUACCUCAAGGACUUGUUUGUGCAAUGGAGAGGCAUACAGUACGCCUACGACCAAGGUCUAGUCUCUGGAGAUGCAGUACUGGCUGGCGCAGUUUGGAGAAAUUUGUGGAAGGCCGACGAAGAGGUGGAUUGGGAAAAGGUCGCUCUUGUUGUGGGAUUCAUGAGAAGAGCUAUUGCAGGAUUGGCAGAUUCUGACAUCAACGAUAUUGCAACCAAUCUGCAACAAAGCAGUCAGUAUUGGGAACAGGCGCAGCAAGGACUAGAUGGCAUGGUCAACCUUGAAAGCACAGGCAUAAGGGACAAUUUAAGAGAGGAAGCUGCAGCCGAAAAGGCAUUGUAG